GUGCGCAUGUCGGUGGAUAACUUGUUGGCGCGCGGUUGCGUUCAGGAACGGCGUCGGCAGUGCGACGCGGCGCGAGAGGGAGGCGUGUCGGCUCCCCGCUGGGACAUCGCGUUUCCGGACGAAUAGUUUUCUAAAUCUAAAUUCUCGAAACAUAGACACUCUUUUCGGCCUGAUUUUUUCCGAGCGUGAAAAUUUUUGCAUUGACUUUUUUUCGUAAUCGUGGUAAUUUUGGCUCGGAAAUGUGAACUUUCUGCAAUGACUUUUCUCACAAAAAAAAUUUCAAUGUUUUUUAAAAUGGAUACGCCAAAGUAACUUUUACAACUUAGAAAAAAAAAUUGAAAAUGUUGUUUGCAUUGACUGGUUACUCUGGAUAGUGAAGUGGCCAGUAUGGGCUGGAGGCUGUGGUGGUGGCUGGUGGCGCUGCCGCUGGCCGCGGGACACCUCAAUGUGCUCAUCAGCCAGGCGGAAGUCAUGAAGCUUUUGGGUCUGGACGCGGAGUUGUACUACGUCCGGGAGGGGGUGGUGAACACGUACGCGACCGGCUUCAUCGUGCCGGUGCCGGCGCACAUCGCCGACCUCGAGUUCAUGUGGCAGUCGCUGGGACGGAAACCGUUGCCGUACGUGAUGGACAUAGACUACGAGAGCCGCGGCGCCAUGCUGCCCCCCCAGGUGAACAUCUCCGAGCGAGGCUAUGUGCCCACCACGCUGCAGACCUUCAGGGUCCGCCUGCCGUGCACCGGCAGCCGCAGCGCGGAGAUCCUGGUGAGCAUGCAGCUCAACAUCUCGGCCCCGGACCGCGCCUCCCGCGACGUCAGGCUCAACUUCAAGAGGAACAAGAUCUGCUUGAAAGGUCUAUCAACAGUGGUAUCCCACAACGAGACAGCCCGCCUUGCCGGUGACGUCACACGGUCCUCAAGCGGGGUCCUCUUCGCUGCCGGGGGCUGCGCGGCGGCGGCGCUGGCGCUGCUGGCGGCGGCGGCGGCGGCCGGCACGCUGUACCGACGAGGGAACAAGGCGAGGCAUCAUGAUUCUAUACAUACGUCGUACACCACGGCGGCGUACGGCAGUCACCAGAACGUGCUGCUUCGGUUGGACACGAUGGGCCGGCCGCCCAGCUCCACCGGGUCCUACGCCACCAUCGCCAGCUUGCACAAGUUCCCUUUCGCUCAAGUUUUUACCACCACAGGCAGUCGAAGAUCACCGUCGCCGUACGCCACCACGCACAUCGGCGAACACGUCUACGCCAAGCCAGAGUCCAGGGUCUCCUACUACGCAGCCUCUAACCUGACACACGUUUCUCAGACGAACACCCUAAAAGACCGCAUCACGGAUCCCGCUGAACAACUCCGGCACCUGACGGCCCCUCGAGCCAACAUCCGCCUCGAGAUCCUGGUCCACGAAGGCACCUUCGGCAGGGUCUACAAGGGAGUCUUCAAGCGAGGGGACACGUAUGAGGAGGUGCUGGUUAAGACUGUUUCAGAUAACGCAUCAGCCAUGCAAGCAGCACUCCUAGUGGCGGAGGGUCUGAGGCUCUGCGGCCUGUCUCACGCCAACGUGCUAGCCCCCGCCGCCGCCUGCGCGGAAGAGGCGAGAAGGCCCCUGCUAGUCUAUGUGUGUGCUUCACACUCUUCUAAUUUGAAAAGGUUCCUGACGUCAUGCCGGCUGGGCCAGCAGGCGGCGCCGGCGACGCGCGAGCUGGUGGAACUCGGCGCGCAGGUGGCGUGCGGGCUCUCCUACCUUCACGUGCAGAGGCUGAUACACGCUGACGUGGCCGCCAGGAAUUGUGUGGUUGAUGAGAAGUUGAGACUGAAGCUAGCCGACAACGGCUUGUCACGAGACCUGUUCCCCGAGGAGUACCACUGUCUGGGGGACAACGAGAACCGCCCCGUCAAGUGGAUGGCUCCGGAGACUAUCCUGCAGUGCCAGUAUACUAGCGCGUCUGAUGUGUGGUCUCUGGGAGUGACUCUCUGGGAGCUGGCGACCCUGGGCGCGCCCCCGCUGGCGGAGCUGGACGCGGCGGAUGUGGGCGCCUUCCUCAGCGGCGGCUACCGGCCCGCGCAGCCGCACAACUGCCCCGACGAGCUGUACGGCCUCAUGUCGUGGUGCUGGACGUCGGCGGCCGCGGGGCGUCCCACGGCCCCACAGCUCCUGGCGGCUCUCCACGACUUCAGGCAAGCCCUCAACACUUACAUAUAAACACUUUUCUACAUCUACAAACUACAACUUUGACUUUACCUUUUCUACUAAAUUUCUGUCUGUCAUUUUCAACAAAAUUAACCAAAGUGCCUGCCAAAUAGUGUGAUUAGGUUUUUUGGCAAUGCAAUCGAUGAAUACCAAAGCAGUUAAUUACCAAUUUAUUAUAAUAAAAUAAAAUUAUGUACCUACUAUAAAUAAUUCAGUAAGCGUAAAUAUGUCGAUGUUAGAAUAAUCAAAGAUUAAGAUUUAUAAUGGAUCUGUUAAUUGGACAGAAACGUGGUCAUAAGCAUAAUAAGUAAUAGGAAAAUAUUAUUUAUUUAUAAAAAUGUGUAACGAUUCGAAGAAAAGUGAUAUAUUUAUAAGACUUUUGUAGAAGAAUACGAAUUCUAAGAAUUCAGUUCGCUCAUUCAUUAUAUUACAAAAAUCAAACAAUGUCUUUGUAAAUACAAAUGAUAUCAACAUAGGUACUUUCUUGGAAAAAACACCAUAAUAAAAAUAUUAAACAAUAACGAGAAUAACAUUUACAGCGAACAUUUUUUUUGUAUCGGUAAUAAAAUAAAUUAUAGAAAAGACCAAUGCUUAAUUCUGGGUUACCAUGCGAUUUAGAUAUUAUAACAUCCUCAGAAUGUCAGAUGCAUUUUAUUCUUGCUGUAUUUUCAAAAUUUGGUAGUAUUAAAUUGUAUAGUCAUUUGAACAAGUAGAAAAAAUCGAGACAUUUGACUAUUUACAUAAUAAUAUUAUUAUUACCAGAAGUAAUAUUUUGUCACUACGACUGAGGUCCUGUAUUUAUUCGACUGUACCACGUCAUCUAGCCAAAAUCAAUACACCUAUGUGACUCCUAAGUCCAAAACCUACACUACUGUAUAGCAUAUUAUGUAUUUAUUUUUGUCAAAAAAUAUGUAAAUAUUAGUGAAGACUGUAAAUAUAAAAAAACAAUAAGUGAUGCAAAUGGAAUUACAAUUAUGGUAAACAUUUAAAAUAAAAUAUGCCGAUGCUAGCCAUUUAAUUGUGAGUAAGAUAUUUAAAUUAUAAGUAUAGGUGUAUAAAAUUAGUUUUUUUUUAUGUAAAAUAGUUAUAUAGUUCCUGCGGACACAGAGUCCUGCCAGGAACACACAAAGGAUAAAACACCAAUACAGUAGUUAGGCAUCAAACGUUGGCGAUGCGGCUUCAAAAUGUCUGUAAUUUUAGAUAAAUCCAAAUACUUAUUCAUUAUUAUAACCAUGCGUAUGCCUACAUAAUCGGCUUUUUUUCUAGGGUUAGGCAAAUAAUAAAUUUAGUAAAAGUAUUUUUUUAUUGCCAAUGGCUAUGAUUGAAGGUCAAUAUCAUUAAAUAAAUUACAUAACAUAAUUAUUUAUUACUGCUGUAGGUACCUGCUGUGUUUGUAUUUGCUUUUCUAACGAAAACAGUUUUUUUUACUGACAUUUUACGAAGCUGUAAUCCCAAUGUUUUUGAUGCAAGAAAAAAUAAAUGUAUCUAUCUAUAUGUCUAUUGUCUAUUACUAAAUACUUAAAUUAUAAUUAUAGUAGUUAAAUCGAUAUUUUCAUGGUCAAAAUAGUAGUAACUAUUUUAAACGGAAGUCUCUCAAAGAUUUUUCCUGAGAUUUUAUUUAACAAAAACACAGUUUUUUUAUAAUCUUUCAUAAAUAUUAAGAGUUUAAAAGUCCACCCUGUCAUUUACUUAAGUAAAAAAUUGUAGUUUGUCUUGAACUGUAAUUUCUAAUCUAUGUGCUAUUUCAUUAUAAUUAAUUGUAAAUGCGUAAAUGGAUUAAUCAGGGUGUUGUACUCUUUAGGCAUUAUAUUAUGCAUAUUUUAUUUUAAAUCUAAUAAAGUAACCUUAUUAUUUGUUUUUAACCAGAGAUGUGGGUUACUUUUCUAUGGCUUUAACUCACACCACCAUUCCCUUAAGAAAUGAAAACCGCUUCUACACUAUGCCUACAAAAUAUUUUUUCUUAGUAGUUUUUUUUUUAAAGAUUUUCAAUACUUAGUUAGGAUUAGUUUAGUGGAUUAUGUUAUUUGUGUAGGGUUGUCUUUUACAUCUUGCUGUGUUAUGUUGUAAUUAGCAUAACAUAGUGUGUCCCCAUAGAAGUUCAGAACACAUAAAGAAAAGUUUUAUAUAGUACUAGCUUCGCUUCGCCUUAAAAACUUAUCCCGUUGGAAUUCCGAGAUAAAAAGUAGCCUAUGUUCUUUCUCAGUGUCUAGACCAUAUGUAUACCAAAUUUCAUUCAAAUCCGUUCAGUAGUUUUGGCGUCAAAGAGUAACAGACACACAGACACAGUUUCUUUCGCAUUUAUAAUAUUAGUUAGGAUAGCAGGUUGAUAUGGAACUCUUCAUAGGUGAAGCCGACUCGCACUUGGCCCUGCCUUUUUUUGGUAACGUUUUAUUGUAUGAAAUUUUAACAACGAACAUUACUAUUAUACUUACUUAAAUGUCUAGUCUAAAUAGUUAAAGAGCAGAAAUUUUAUCAUCUGUCCUUUUAUUUUAUUUAUCUGUAAGUAUUAUAUAUUUUAAAUUAUAAUUUACAAUGUCUUACUGUUGAUAGUUUUGUAGCAAAGUAAAAGUUCAGUUAACUUUCAUUUAUUGUUUGUGAGGAACAAUUUUCUAGCUACAUAUUCGUAAGUGAAUGUCAGUAAAUUAUACCUAUGUGUAUCACUGUAUAAUAUUUACCAAUCUAACCAUUUUAAAUACCCAUCAGUGUAGCUAUUUACUUGAUCCUAUGUGCAAUAGUUUUGAUCUAGUCUAUAAAAACCUUGUUAUACAUUUUUAUAUGUUUGUUACCCUACUAAAUGUUAAAUCAUUAGGCUAUCUUACAGGAUUAUGAUCGAGUAUUUAAUUUGUGUGCCAUAAUAAAAAAUAAUACUUACUACCUUUUAUUAUUACUUAAGUAAUUUAAGUCAUCAAUGGUGUCUAAUUUUAAGUAACUGUUUAACUAAUCAUAAGAAAAUGCAUGUACCCAAUAUGCUUAGAUGGCAUUAUAAACAAACUUAUUAAAAUUAUUUUACAAUAUC